GUUCAUACGAGAACGAGUACUCGUACUUARAGCUGAAAAUCGACCAUCGAAAGAUCAUUUUUUUGUACUAGCUUMGAAAAACAGUUGGUGGGAAAGUUACUGCAUACGGUCUUUGCUAUMCAACAGCACGGAACGGCAUUCUUGUCUUAUCCGCUACAAAAAGAAAGAUGGAGAACAUCGGGAGAGGCUUGAUUUUCUCCCUGUCGGCGUUGCUGUUGAUGCUUGUACUCCUUUCCCCGGCUUCUGUUUCGAUAUUCUGCGAAGGAUUCUCUCCGAAACACACAGCAACACAUGUGACGACGUUGAUGGGAUCCUCGGCWUCGGGAUCAUCUUCGAUAUCGAUGUCAUCCUAUGGAAAUGACGAACAAACCACGAAACCGAAGAUUUCGUAUCGAAGCGCAAAACCAACGGACGUACCAGCUAUUGCUAGACUCUUGACUKCUGUUUUUGACGACGACGACGACGACGACGACCCAACAAACAAUGGAAUCAGCAGCGAGAUUGACAAACCCGGCGACGACAGCAACAAAACAUUCAUGUGGGAUAGUCUGACGACCGAAAACACCAAUGAUCAGCAGUCUCCCGAGCAACAGCGUGAAUUUAUCGAAASACAGCUUGUGAGGCGAAUGGCAGAUGCCAGGAAGGAGGGUUCACUUCCCCAUUCCUGUCUGGUGGCAACCAUCCCARAUUCGUCGGGUCCGGGWGCAUCGGCCGGCAACGAUCGGCUGAUCGGAUUCAUAGAAAUCGGAACCCUUCCGUCUCCGUUUGGUGGGAAGGUGGAAAUGCCCUACAUCGGGAACGUCGCUGUCGCAGACGACGUCCGGCGCCGGAAGGUUGGUUCCACGUUGGUGGGGCUCGCCACCAGGAUCGCCACCAAGUGGUGCACGCCGCCACCGGGGUCGAAAACCGCACUGUUCCCCCCCUUUCUCUUCUUGUCGGUCGAGYGCGACAACCGCGACGCGCUCCUGUUUUACGAACGCCUCGGCUUCGAAGAAAUAGACGUCGGAAAGAAACCGAGCGAAAAAAUAUAUCUCGCAACGGAGAUAGCAGAUGCUUUGAAAYGAGACAGACGAGUCUGAGSCUGCCCGGCGCUUCAGAGUCGAUAUCGGGAUUCAGAGUGACCCUGGAUAGCGAUUGUGUUUUCGGAAAACGAAACAUUGACUUUGAAACCGCAUGGUGGAUCAAAUCAAACAACGGGAGAGAAAAAAUCGAGUGCACGAAAGAAAGAUGAAAGUUGGUGGCACCAUCCAGAAUCGGCACCUCGAAGGUAUCGCCCUAGGAAUCCAGCCUUUGCAUCAGAUCUGCAAUUCUUCAAUCGCACGAAACCAAAUCGAAAUCUGUUGCUGCAGACUUUUUGAUCGUAAGCGAAAAGGACAAAUCAUCACACCAUGUUGCCUCUGCCGGUUUGACGGAAAUAGAACAUUUGAUCUGAGUCGGGGUGAACUUGAGCGAUUGAUUUCAAAAGCAUAGUUGUCAUGGAUCCAAAAAUAUUGAUGAUGUUCAUUCAAUCCGAUAAAAAGCAAGYGACUAUAUCAUAUUUCUUCUCGACASAGACUACAAAGACUUUUAGUUGCCAUGUUUUAUCCAAGGAAAUGAAUUAUUAGCGCUUAAUACUGUCACUAAGACUAUUCAACCGAAUCCAGAACUCCGAAGAUAAUCAAAAUCAUCGGCGGAUAUUUCAAUCGAAUGCCUUGCUCCAAUCCUUCCCACCGAGUUUCUCGUGGUAGGGUCCACUGUUUACGACAUCGUCGCAAGCCGAACCCGAAUUAUUGAAUUGUCCGGUGAUUGGACAAGGGCGUACCUCUAAACUAGGAAAGUGGGUGUGAAUGGCAUUCGCUAGGGCAUCGUAAACGUAUUUCUGUCCGGUUUUGUUGAAAUGCAGUCCAUCCCAAAAAAAUCUGCCAAUGUCGUCCGCGUCUUCAUUCUCUUUGUCGUUUCUCAUCAAGCUAAAGAGAUCCAAACACGGAACUUGUUUCGUUUCUGCAACUUGUCGACACGCCGCUGCGUAUUUCGCAGUGUGUUCGGAGGUUCGCUCGGGAAUUCCGGUAGCUUUGUUUCCGUAUCGCUUUUUUUGAUACGCCAACCUUUGUUCUCGAUGGACUGGAGGAGGUGCAAUUAGCAAGAUUUUGGCGCCAGSGUACGCUUCUUUUGCCUUGUCGACGAUGGUUUCUAGAUUUGUUUGGUAUUCGGGAAUCGGGACGUGUUUCGCUGGAUCAUGUUCGAGAAUGGCAGCGUCAUUUGCCCCGAAGAAGAUGGUCACCAAAACAACGUUGCCUGGCUCGGUCCAAAUACCAUUAUCUUCUGCGUACCGGAGGUACCAUCGGGUGUUGUAUCCGCUCAUUCCUCUGUUUAGUACAUCGGCUCUUCUUUGGUACACAUUUGCCAAGUCACUAGCCCAGCCUUCGAAGGACUGCUGGGUUAGAGAAUCUCCCAGAAGCAACAACUUUCCUCGAUUGGAUGCAGACGGCAUGAUCACUUGUUUUCCUAGUUAUGCAGACUACUUUCGAUAGAUUCGAAUGUGCGAAUUGCAUUCCGUCUUAGAAGAUGACUUUUAU